AUGUCUUUGAAUCAAAUGCAAAUCAAGCAGGAAAUCACCCUCCCACCUGGCCUGAAUAAAACAAUCUCAAAGCAAAACCAAGAGCCUGUGCCGUACACUGAGCCGGUCCCAUGUCCACAGCAGCAACCUGAAGUCCAAGUCCCAACACCUUGCCCAGAACCAGUCCCAGUAGUGGUGGUACCAGAAAAAACGAUGCCAUUGCCAACACCGGUGGUUGAACCAGGCAAGGGAGAAAUACCCAAGUGUCCACCCCAGGAGCAGCAGCAGCAACAGCAAAGCAAGCUACCACCAACUUUCCCACCUGUAUCACACCCUGAGCCUGUUCCGUACCCUGAAGAGAAAUCAGCAUGUAUAGAGCUGCCUGUGCCAAUCCCUGUUCCAUGCCCUGAACCAACUCCAUCUGUGGUGGAGAAGCAGGAGUGCAAGGAGAUCCCUGUGCAUGUUCCCGGUAUCUGCUCGGAGGCUGCACCAUGUCCCCAGGAGAAGCAGCAAUGCAAGGAGAUCCCCGUGCCAAUCCCUGUUCCAUGCCCUGAACCUGCACCAUGUCCCCAGGAGAAGCAGGAGUGCAAGGAGAUCCCUGUGCCCACCCCAUGCCCUCCAGAGAAGCAGGAGUGCAAGGAGACCCCUGCGCCAAUCCCUGUUCCAUGCCCUGAACCCACACCAUGUGCCCAAGAAAAGCAGCAGUGCAAGGAGACCCCUGUGCCAAUCCCUGUUCCAUGUCCUGAACCUGCACCGUGUCCCCAGGAGAAGCAGGAGUGCAAGGAGAUCCCUGCGCCAAUCCCUGUUCCAUGCCCUGAACCUGCGCCGUGUCCCCAGGAGAUGCAGGAGUGCAAGGAGAUCCCGGUGCCUGACCCUGAGCCAGGGAAGUGCUCCCUUCCAGAGAAAUGUCCUCCCAUUGAGCAGCAGCAGGUGAAGCAGCCCAACCAGUGGCCACCUGUGCAGAAGUAA